AUGCUAAAUGGAAGACGCUUGGGAUCCUUGUGCUGGAGAUUGCGUUGUUCGGCAGCGGCUGUCAACGUCCGGCAGGACUUGCUCCGAAAGACUUGGCCGCAGGCGCCACCAGAGUGGAUCGAAGAAGCAGAGGCGAAGGCAUUGCUGCAGCCACACCUAGAAUCUCCCGAUUUGGAAGAUGCAUUAGCGGCCGUCUUGACAGCUUCAACAGCUUAUGCAGUACCUUCUCCAGCCAAAGAAUUUGUGCGCACGAGGACGUUGUUGUCGCUCGUGGAGCCGUGCGAUGCUCAUGUCCUCGAGGUCACACUGGACUCGCUUCAGUUUGCGUCCGUGGGUGGAGACGAGCACAUCUCGCAUGCCUACCAUGUCCGCUUCAGAUUGAGUGGGGCUGGUCCGUGGGUCAGCAGCCCAACAUUCGUGGUCCAUGACGAUGCAGCAGAAGGGCCAGUGGAGGUUCAGAUGGGAACGGCGGUCCGCUUCGUGGUUCCUUUGUCUGGCGGGGACAGUCUUACACAUCUAUUCAAAGGUGUUUUUGCGAUCGGGCUGGAGCUUCAGCUUCGAGAAGAGCUUCGCGAAUCGAACCGUGCAAACACGAUUCUUCAGGGAGAGCUUGCUGCAGCAGAACUUCAUGCGCUCUGCGCCGAUAUCGAAGAGGAAGGGCGGAGCGGAUCCUUUCGAACGCGGCUUCAUCUUAGCCGACCCGGAGCACCCUUGAGGCCGUGCUUGUUGUCCUGCUCGGCAGCCGCUUCGCAAGGAGAUUGGCUCGGAGAUCAUGUGUCCCUGUCUUUGCGCUUCGCCCGUGCUGUGGCAGCCCUGGAUGCAUCGCCUUGGCCUUGUGAGGCUCAAGCACAAGCUGUGGCCAUCGGCCCUGAGGACGGCCUCGGGAUUCCGGGGUUGCGGGUCUCGGUAGAGCGCUUUUUCGCAUCCUUGGUGGACGACCCAAGGCCAGCGGACCUGGAAGAGCCGCCUCCUCCUUUUUUAGGCACAGGCCGACCCGAGUCAGGGACAGAGGGGAUGAAUUGGGAUGCCUGCGACGAGCUCGACGAUUUGCUUGUUCUCGGAUCACCGACGCCUCGUUUUUCUGAUGGUGCGCAGGAAUCACCAACUUCCAGUGCUAGAUCGCCUGUCAAGGACGCACCCUGGCAAGGCGACGACCUGCAGGACAUGAGAUCGUCGUCUUUGCAGGCAUCUGUGGAGACUGGCCAAGACAAGGGCUCGCCCGUCAAGCUUUCGCUUGCAUGGUCAGCAGCUAGAUCUGCCGAGGUUUCGCCCACACGGAGAUCACCUACUCAGCACGCGUCCCUUGAUGCUGGCGGUCUUGACGAUUCGCCUUUGACCAGCUUGAUGACACAGCAUGCGGCCACAAAUCCCAUCCUGGACGAGACCGACGAAGCUUUGAGCUCGCUUCCUGCCAGAGAGGCGGCAGAAUCGCCGGCGAGGGAUUCUCCACACCGUGCAUCCUGGCUGGCGGCAGAGCCCAGCGAUGUCAAGGACCCUCUGCCAGCAGAGGCUGAGGCGACAGAGGUCGUCGCCAGCAAAGCUGCCGGUCUGCCUCUUCAAAUCUUCAUAGCAGACGAGAUACUGCCCCCAGCAGCACAGCUUCGGGGAGAUCUUGCCCAAAGGAUUGCUGAGCUGGAUCAACUGCAGCACUCGCUUCUGGCAAGAAUCGGUGUCGACAAGUCGGAUGCUGUUCCGAGCGACAGCUUCAAGAGGAGCGUCGAAGCGGAUGACGUCGACGAGACCGACGCGGCUCCACAGGAGGAAAGCCGAAAGGAAAGCGACGCUGGCUUUCCGCUAUCCGGGGGCCUGGAAGCUCCCUCUUCGAAGGAGUCGGUGCGUGAGCUCCCCGACGAGCCGGAACCUGCGUGCGAGGAGUCCCUUGGUGGCCCCGAUGCCGACGACAGCCACAGACCAGAGGGUGACUUGCAGGCGCGAACGACGAUCCCAGAGGUGCCAGGCAGUGGGCGGAAGGUUUCGGCCUUCAGGGGUGCUGGAGCACCGCCACCCCGCAGCAUCGCAGAGGCCACGCCACAGCACCUCCCCGUGCCAACCCAAGCAAGUGGUCGCCUGCUCUCGCUGGAGCCGCCGGGAUGGGCCCAGCUCGUCGAGGGCAAGCCCUCUGGCCUAGCACUGGGUGGCCGUGGUCCCCUUCCCGUCUCCUUGAGCGCAGACGCCCAGGAGUCCGGAAGCCUUGGCGCCGGAACCUCCGCUGGCCGCUGUGUGGAGGAGCCCGUCUCCCUCCACAGUCCGGCGCCCACGGAGCUGCCAAAGACCUCCCUGGGCCUUGGGAGGAAGUCGCCGCAGACAGCUUUGACUGCACCGACAACCGCCCUGACGGCCAUGUCGGAGGCCGCUUGCCAAACGACCUGGUCUUCAUCAAUUGCGUCCGAGGUUCUAUCUUGGACACCGUUUCGCAGUCCGGCGAGCGCGCGUCUCGCCGAAACGCAGCACACUGCUACAGCCACGUCUCUCGCGACUUCGCCGCCAAGGCAGUUUCCUCCACGGCCGCCUUUGUGGUCUCCAGCCACCACGCCCCAGCCGAGCCCGGAUCGCUCCCAG